CCAUUACCAAAACUAAUUAUUAAUUACCACGCAACCCAAUCACAGUAUUUACUCCCUUUUCUGUAACUCCCGACCCAUUAGCCACUCUUUGAAUUAAUUCCUUGCAUGAUUCUCAACAUUAUUAGCCGUUUCCAUCUUCCUAGUGAUACAAGCAUUUAAGAGCUGGGUUUGCCUUUCAUCCGCUCCAUAUAUACUCCUUCCGUCUCCCAUAAGAGUAUUUGGCAGCCCACGUUCUAGAUCUCUCUAGAAAGAAUGGAUUCCAAUGGAGAACAAAGGUAUCUUUUUUUCUCUGAUUUCAUACAUCAUAUGGUUUGACAAAGACAGUGGACAGGCGUACAUCAGAAAGUAGUGCAUUUGUUAUUGCUAAGUUGAUCCAGUUCUUCUUUUCAUGCACCAGCUUCUGGCCUUAUGGGCCAUGUGUUUGGCAUGAUAGUUACCUGCUUGAAGAGGAGGCGCUCCUCUGCAGUCUACCCUUCCCGAGCUACGGCUGCCAACCCUUGUGCUCUAUCGGCCCCGCUGUCGCGCAGAGCAGCAGUCUACAAGCUCCCUGUCUCGUUCCUUGCGACACAGGCGAGCUGGAUACAAGCUUUGAUGAUGAUCUGCUGAGGUGCUGGGAGGCUAUUGAGCAAUCUGAUAACAACACAGAAGAGAGUGGGAAGGGGCUGCCACUAGUGUGUUAUGGCGAGGAGAACGGAGCAGCAUCCAACGCCAUGAGAACAGACCGCGUCAGAUCAGAGAGGGUGCUGACGUUCGAGCUCGUGUCGCAGUACUUCUACAUGCCGAUCACGCAGGCGGCUCGAGAGCUGAACGUCGGGCUCACCGUCCUGAAGAAGAGGUGCAGAGAGCUUGGGAUUCCCCGGUGGCCGCAUCGCAAGCUGAAGAGUUUGCAGGCCCUCAUCAACGACGUCGAGGUCCUGCAGGAGGCAGGCAAGGCGAACGAGGACGGGCAGCUGAGGGCGAUGGUGGAGAUGCUGGAGCAGGAGAGGCGCCUCCUGGAGCAGAAGCCGUACGUUGAGCUCGAGGAGAAGACGAAGAGGCUUAGGCAGGCCUGCUUCAAGGCCAGCUACAAAAAGAGACGACUCUUGGCUCUUGAACCUGGGGAUGCAUCCAAGUACUAUUGACGCAGAGCGUCUCGCAUACA